AUGACCAUCCGAGCAAAGCUCGAACGAUUUAAACCCAAACAAAAUUUCACUGGUGAAAUGGCACCCAAUGACUUGCGAAUUCCCCUUUCGUGUCGACCGGAUCAUGGUUUCGUUACAAAUAUAUCUAUUGGUGAGCCUGACAUCUACCGGUUGGUGCUAGUAGACACGGGUAGCAACAUAUUCCGGAUACAAUGCUACCCGUGCAAAAAAUGUGGAGAUCAAAACCAAAUUCCUCAUUACUACGUUGACAAAUCAACAUAUUCCAAAGUUUCUUGCGACUCUUGGACGUGUCGCGAGUUCGAUGGGCAAUGUAAUGAAUGGCUUGAGUGCAUAUACACAUCGGCAUACAUGGAUUACACUUGGUCUAGAGGAAUUGUUAGUGCAGACACUCUUCAUUUCAUUACCUCCGAUAACGAGGUGGAGAGUGUUCCUAACGUAGCUUUUGGGUGCGGAACAUAUAACUAUGGAGAUGAAUUCGGGUACGAGUACAGUGGGAUACUUGGUUUAGGGACAAAUAAAGCAUCGGUAAUGACACAAAUCGGAUCCCAGUUUUCCUAUUGUAUUGGACAUAUUAAGGACAUUAAUGAUUCAUACAGUCACCUCAUCAUAGGUGACGAGGGCGAGGUUAGAGGGGGAUUAAACACCCUUGGAGAUCUUUAA